UUACCACUUCCGGUUUAGUAUGGCGGAUGUUUGGUAUGGUAGCGUCGUGCACUGAAGCAUUGAGUUCUGCCACAUGUUAAAAUGCCUUUAAUCGUAAUGUGUGGUUUUCCAUGUAGUGGCAAAAGCCGAAGAGCAGAGGAAUUAAAGGAACAUUUUUUGAAAAGUACUCAAAGAAAAGUGUUUGUUGUUGGAGACGAAACGAUCGGUAUAGUUAAGAACUCCGUAUACGCUGACUCUCAACAAGAGAAGAAUCUCAGAGGAUGCUUGCGCGCAGAAGUGGAACGGAAGGUCAACAAAGAUGAUAUUGUGAUUUUGGAUUCACUGAAUUACAUUAAAGGUUACAGAUAUGAACUCUUUUGUCUAAUAAAGCAUACGCAGACUCCACACUGUCUGGUCUAUUGCGUGAGCUCGGCGGAGGUUAGCUCAUCGUGGAACGCAAUCAGAGAGCCUGAUACGCAGUACACACAGGAGAUUUUUGACGCCCUCGUGAUGAGGUUCGAGGCUCCGGACUCCAGGAACCGAUGGGACAGCCCGCUGUUCGCCAUCCAGAAAGAUGAUGUGCUGCCCCUUGAUGCCAUUGCAGACGCCAUCUUUCACAGAAAAGCCCCUCCCCCGAACCAAUCAACGCAAAGCCAACCACUGUCAUCCACCAACUUUUUGUACGAGUUAGACAAAGUUACCCAGGACGUAUUAACGGCCGUUCUGAACUCACAGAAGACAUCUGUCCCUGGGGAUCUCAUCGUUGUUCCUGGAGCCACAGAAAAAGUAGAACUGACGAGAAACCUCAACAUGUCCGAGCUGCGCAAACUCCGCCGUCAGUUCAUCAGCUACACCAAGAUGCAUCCGACCGAGAACAUCGGACAUAUAGCCAACAUGUUUGUGCAGUAUCUAAACAAGAGCAUGCACUGACAGCUAAUUUUACUGCCAGGGUUUCAUUUUUCUCACUAUUAAUGCCAACGUUUUAUUUAUUCUUUUUUGUUGGAAAACUGCCUUUAAUUUAUUUUUUAUCAGUUUUUUCCAUCUAGACGUCCUUGUAGCCAAACCGUGGUCUUGGAGAACCACAGGGUCUGCUGGUUUGUUUUCAAUUUCAAUUUGCAGCCAUUUCGGACCCAAGAAAGCAGGCCGGCAAAACAUGGACCAGCAGUGCCUAUGGCUCAGUACCAGGAAUGGAGACUUGUGUUUUAGAUAACCCAAGCAGUUCUUCCUAACCUGUUUUCAAAAUUGUUGUCAAUUAUGAACUGCAAAUAUACUUUCCAUAUGUAUUGCCGUAUGGUUGAAAUAUCACAUUUACCCCUUUUAAACUGCUUACCCCACCACAGGUCUUAGUUGUACUUUAAGCAAGCUGUCUAAGGUUCAUUUUUUCUUUUUUGUAUGCAAGAAGGAACCCCAUGACUGAAAUUGACUUAAUGGAAUUAUGGUUUUAAAAAAAUAAAAUAAAUCAUUUUCUCCCGUGA